GUUCAAAGAGCGACCACCAUCACGACGACGAAAUGUCGACUAUUGUCGAGCGACCUCCUUCUCUCCCUUUGCAGCAUGCACCAGUGGUUAUACCGCAACGACGACUUAGAGAGCCUGAUGUCGAGGUCAUCGAUGUUGACCUGUGGGAGGAUGCACCUUCGCGACCUGCUCAGCGCCGACGAACGUCUCCUGACUUCAUUUCCUUGCUUGAUGACAGCGACAUAGAGGAAAUAGGCCAUCCAGCGGCGUCCGGGAGCAACCACACGCGUCGAGGAACAGCCGCCAUGCGCCGGCUGUUCUCACCACCCCCACCGGAUCCUGAUAUUCAAGUCGUUCCUCCUGUUCCAUCUAUUCCUGCUCGCUUUUCCAUGUUCCCCAUGCGUCGCGAGCCUCCUCCGCAUCCAAUAGCCACUCCGGUAUUAGCCAGGCCCGACCCGUUCGAUUUCGAAGUCAAUCUCCACUCGCCAUCGACCCCGGCAACCGUCCAGAAUUCUUCGGACACAGGUCGCCCACAUCGUCUGCCCCGAAUCACUCUCGGAGGUGCUGUCAUGUCUACGGGACAAGCCCGGAGUGCGGAGGUACGGCGGGAACGUGAGCGGCGUCUGCAGGCACAGGCACAGGGUGGGAUACCGCGCAGGCGGGAUCCGCGAAGAAUACAAAUAGGGAAUGGUUACCUCGCGUUGGAUCAUGAUGCACAUGACGACAAUACUAUGCGUCACUUGAACUUCCUCCUCUUCCCUGCCGAGCUGCACGAUGAAUACGCAAUGGGGGAUUCAUAUUUCAGAACUCGUCGGAACUUGAUGACUCAUUCGCAACCGCCUGAGGUGGACUAUAAACCUCAAUAUACACAUCCUGGUCUGCCGGAGCCUGGUUUUACCUUUGACUUCGCCCCGCCAACAUCCGAAUCUUCUCCAUUCACGACGUCCAAGUCUAACCCGAUUGUCAUUGACGACGAUGAACCCAUUGCCAGCAGUUCUUCAGGUUCAGAUGCAGCACUGGCUUCUAUUUCCCCCCCCUCUUCGGGCCUCAACUUGCAAGCGACUCUUGUCUGUGCCAAUUGCAAUGAGGGUUUGUACCAAAGUGGCAGCGGAAGUGCGGAGGACCAGAGGAGGCGAAGAAUUUGGUCACUUAGAUGUGGACACCUGAUCGAUGGGAAGUGCAUUGACCGGCUUUCGGUGCCUCAGGUUCCACCUCAAGAUGUUUCUGAAUCAGGGAAAGGGAAGGAAAAGGCAAAAGAAGGUGCAGCGACGGCCAACGCUGCGGAGGAGACAAACACCAUCAGGUCAAGGUUGCGGUCCAGCCACAAGGCAAAUGCUGAGCUUUUACAACGAAUUAUACCUUCAAUACUCAAGCGGAAGGGCAAAGCCAAGUCAGAGGUCGAGGCGGAGCACCAGUGGACUUGCCCGGUAAUCGGAUGUGGGCGAGUGCAUACAAGUGUAAAAAUAGGUGGCAUUUGGGGACCUGAUAAGGUAAAAGGUGAAGGCAUCAUUGGUGUAUUUGUAUAGAGUGGUCUCGCGCCCUCGGAUUUGCUGGCCGUAAUAAAAGUUGGAUUUCGAUGGUUCACUGGAACGCUUGGUUGCAGUCGACGUUUCGAAUGGCACUUUCAACGGCGGUACUUUGAAUCAGACCUCUGAAGGAACCAUACUGAGCCAUAUUAUGUAGCUGGGCUUCUGAUUUGCCCCACUUGUCGAGCCUCAGCUAUCUGAAUCAUGCGGACACAACAGGUGCGAUACCUUAAACACAAACUGCAGGAGGCAAAGGCAUACAGACAUAUUCAAAGGUGGUACGGUAAUGUCAUUAGAGGAAAAACGAUCUACCUUUCCUUCUCCCAGAAAAGUGGUGGAAGGAGUGUCAUGCAGCCCAUCUCGACCUGA